GAUUUCUUUACCCUUUUGACAUUUCGACUAUUGUUUUGGUUUUAUUUUAGAAGCAAAAAAAAGAAAAAUACAUACUUAUAUUUUGUGUUCAGGAAACGAAAUACGCAAUUUAUUUUGCCUAAUAUAACGAGAAAAAAAAAAUAAACGAAAAUUAUAAAUAGAUUUCUAUCAAUUGCCAGUGUUAAUAUUUAAGAAUAUAUACGUGUAAUGUCAGAGCUGCGCUCGAAAGUUAUACAACUAUAUAAACAUCUGCAAUAUUUGGGACGUGAAUAUCCUGGGGUUAAUGGACCCCAGAAAUUCCGGCAGCAAGUCAGAGAUGCCUUUCUAAAGAACAAAGAUGAAACCGAUCCCAAAAAAGUAAAGGCUUUACUCGCCCAGGGACGCUAUGUGGCCAAAGAAGUGGAGGCUUUAGUUUCACUAAAGAAGUAUCGUACAUUAAAACAACGUUAUUCACAAGAUUAAUUUUAAAUGCUGCCAGCCUGCUUAUAAACUCGAAUUGAAGGCCAAGGUCAAUGAAAAGAAAUGCGGAAAAGACUUGUUUGUUGCAGCCAGUAACUGGACAAAAAAUUUAUUGCAUUUUAUUCAUCUAAAUUUGUUUUUUUACUCUCCAACCCACACACCAGCUUUUUGUUGACUCAUACAUACAUAUUGUUUAGAUUUUUAGAGUGUCUUAUAAUUAACAAUUUUUAGUCGCCAAUAUUUGGGCCAUUAAAAUCUUCCACCAUGGAACAAAAUUAAAAAAAAAACGCAACAUAUUUGUUUAAUUUCAUCAUGGUCAUAAGAAUAUUUUUUUUAUCAUAUGUUUAAUUUAUUGUGAAUAGCAUUUGAAGAUUGCCACCUGGAGAAUUGAAGUUAGAAAAAAACGCCAAACUAAAAAUGCAGACAUAUUUUAGAA